CUCUAUCUUUCAACGGGCAUAUUGUUUCGUUGAUUAAGGUAGAAAAUGCUAUUGUGACUGACGAAUACCGCUUGGUCAGGCCUUUUUCACCCAUGUCCAGCCGCAGCUCUCUGGUAAUCUACGCUAUCAACGGCAUGGAAUAUCUCCAAAUUAUGCACCUCCUCCGCGAUCGGUAAAACGCACCUGACUAUAUCAGGCAGAUAAAGAGAUUCACAUGGUACAGAUAACUACAGCAUUUGUCUAUAACGAUUCUGCAUACUGCAAAACUAGUAUAUAAGGACAUCUUUCUCACUCUCUGUCAUGAUGGACGAGGCCAGACAACUGCGACACAACUCUUUCCUGUAUACACAUACGCACCGGUUUCAGUAACAGGGCUUCCUCUAUCAAACACAGCCUUACCUUCUCACCGCCUCACUCAAAGUACCCUCUUUGAGUCUCACCUUUCACAAUCAGAACUCGCUGUUAUAUCUGCUCUGAUACUUUACCUCUCCAAAAGAUGACGUUUAUGCAAUCUGUUGCCAGCAAGGGCAGACAGUUCGCCCGCAAGUGGUCCACCAGGGAAGGCUUACUCGGCGACUACGACUACAAAUACUUGUUUGUGCCUGACAUUCCGUUCAAGACAAAGAUUAUCAAGAUCCAGCCCUUCUUUGGUCUCAACUCCGAUAUGCCGAUCGUUCUCGGGUUUAUUUUGGGGUUGCAGCACGCAUUGUCUAUGUUGGCAGGCAUCAUUACCCCUCCAUUGAUUAUUUCCCUGUCGGCAAACUUCGACACCGAAAUCACGCAAUACUUGGUUAGUGCCUCGUUGAUUGCGUCUGGUAUACUUUCUUCGAUCCAAAUCACCCGCUUCCACAUCUACAAGACCCCAUACUACCUUGGAACUGGGCUCUUGUCUGUUGUGGGCACCUCCUUUGCGACGAUUACGAUUGUUGAAAAAUCUUUUCCUAUGAUGUACAAGACCGGUGCCUGCCCUGUUGCUGCCGAUGGUACGUUUUUGCCAUGUCCCGAUGGAUAUGGGAGCAUUUUGGGCACUGCGUGUUGCUGUGCUUUAUUAGAAAUCGCCUGCUCUUUCUUGCCGGCCAAACUCUUGCAAAAGGUGUUCCCCCCAAUUGUCACCGGACCAGUCGUGUUGCUUAUCGGUGUGGAUUUGAUUGAGUCGGGAUUCCAAGAUUGGGUUGGAGGCUCUGGCUGUGUCGGUGAGAUGUGUCCGUCAGCUGGUCCCUCGGUUCCCCACCCAUUGGAAUGGGGUUCCGCCGAAUUUAUUGGUUUAGGCUUCUUAGUAUACGUAUCCAUCAUCAUUGCCGAAAAAUGGGGCUCCCCAAUCAUGAAAUCCUGCGCCGUCAUCGUUGGCUUGCUCGUGGGCUGUAUCGUUGCUGCCGCUUGUAAUUAUUUCGACCGUUCUGGUAUCGACAUCGCUCCAGCUGCCACUUUCCUUUGGGUCCAUACCUUUAAAUUGACGGUGUACGGCCCUGCAGUCCUACCAAUGCUAGCGGUGUAUAUCGUGUUGAUGAUGGAGGCCAUUGGUGAUAUUACUGCUACGUCAGAUGUGUCUCGGUUGCCAGUUGAGGGUGAGGAGUACGAGUCCCGUGUUCAGGGUGGUAUUCUUGCCGACGGGUUUAACGGGUUACUUGCCGGGCUUUUGACCAUUACGCCUCUCUCUACGUUCGCCCAGAAUAACGGUGUUAUCUCCAUCACCAAGUGUGCUAAUAGAGUGGUGGGCUAUUGGUGCUGCUUCUUCCUCGUGGUUAUGGGAAUUUUCUCCAAGUUUGCUGCUGCCUUGGUGGCCAUCCCAAAGGCUGUUUUGGGUGGUAUGACCACCUUUUUGUUCACGUCGGUUGCUGUGUCGGGUAUCAGAAUUAUCUCGUCCACCAAGUUUUCCAGAAGAGAUAGAUUCGUGUUGACCGCCGCCAUCUUACCGGGCAUGGGUGCCACGCUUGUGCCAAACUGGUUCGACAACGUGUUCGCAUACUCGGGUAACAACCACGCAUUGACUGGGUUUUUCAAUGCGAUUAUACUUGUAAUGGAGACUGGUUUUGCCAUCACCGGGUUCAUCGCUUUGUUUUUGAACUUGUUAUUACCCCAGAUCGAUGAUGAAAUUGAGGAAAUCAUCGAAGAAGAGAUUAUUUCAUAUAGAUCCAGAACCUCUGGCGAUGCCGGCUCUUCCUCUGACUGUAGACGGAAAGAAAAGGGCCAACAAAUACGAAGAGAGGAGGUCCAGAUGAACAGCUUGGAAGGGCAAUUGGCCCAGGGCAGCCAAUAGAUAGGUUUGGCAAUGCCUGAUAUUAUUUUUAUGACAUUGUGUUUAUUAAUUUAUUUCGUUUGCUUCCAAC